AUGCCUCUCUGGAGAAUCUUUUCCCACCCUCAGACGUUCACACUCGACCAACGCAAAACCCUCGCCAAAAAGGUCACUGACCUAUACGUCUCCAUUGGCCUACCUGCAUUCUACGUCAAUGUCAUCUUCAUAGACGUCGACGAAAAAGCCACUUUCGUCGGUGGUGAGCAAAAGUCCAACUUUGUCAGGAUCGCCAUCGAGCAAAUCGCCAGGACCAUGGCCUCGCAAGAGACCGAACAAGGCCGACAGCAAAGAAAAGGAUGGAUGGACAAGAUCAACGAUACUUUGAAAGAAUCUAUCAUCGAUCGUGGGGAGCUGGAUUGGGAGAUGCACAUUUAUGAAACUCCGCGCGAUCUAUGGCGUGUCCAAGGAAUGGAUGCGCCUCCAGCUUUCUCUGAGGCUGAGAAGGAGUGGAAGGAGAAGAACAAGCCAGUCCCAUAUUAG